AUGGCUCCAGCAACAAUGGACAUGCUCAAGCUGGCAGAGCACCUGACGCUUCUCAACAAGCAUGCUACUGGCUUAAUAGAGUCUCUCUGUUCAGCCAAAGUGGCUCUAGACUCUGACACUGCAGCAAUAGCAGAAACAUACCAAUCUGAAAUGACGGGACGGAUAUUCACGUAUAACGAAACUCCUUUAAACGCCGAUAUUAAAGCGAGAAUACCUAUUUCCAGACCUCGUUUCCUGGUUGAUUCCGGGUUGGCGGCUGUGGUUAAGACCAUGACAAAGAAAUUCCCAGAGAGUAGUGAUGCUACAAAGGUCUCUGGAUUCAACAUCUUUCAAGCAACACACAAGGAAAUCAUGGACGAACUCAAAGUAUUCUACGAUCUGUUUCUAUCUAUCGUCGAAUUCGUUGAACAGACACUGCCGUUAUUGCUACAAGCUCAAGCUAUGCAAGCGUUAUCGUUCGAAUCAGUACCAGACAUUGCGAAUGGCUAUUUGACUUUACUUGUAUCAUACGUGUCGAUUCUGCACUUGUGCGCAAGUCUUGGUCCUGAUAGGAAGGCUGUUGUAACUGGAUAUGCAAAGGCAUGGUCGCUCUCGCAGAGCUUGCAGGGUGUUGGAGAGCCUAAUUUUUCAAGGAUAUCUAAAUUCAUCAUCGCAUACGAAAAACCAAUGUCCGCCAUCCAAGAAUCACUGGUACCAGCAGCACCACGAAUCGCGCAACUGCUAGUAGCGCUCAAGAAUGAUGUGGAUAUGAGACUGAGCGCUUCGGCAGAUAUGUUUAGAAAGACUGCGACGUUGAGUUUGACUCCGGAGUUGAGUGGUAUUAAAGCUCCUGAGCCUGAUCCUAAGCAUCUCCUGGCCUUACAGAACAUGAAUCGAAUAUUUACGUUGCUGGUAAUUGGAUUCUUGUGCUGUCCUGGUGAAUUGAACAAGAAUUCGCAAUAUUUGGAUUUGAUUCGGUCGACCUUGACGUAUGGGUAUUUGGUUCCUCUUGGACGAAGCGAGAUGAUGUGCAUAAUAACAGAGUAUGCUCAAACUGCUGCGGAUUGGAAGAUUCCAAAGUUGAAACAAGCUGCGUGUGAUACUCUGGCAAACUUGUAUGCCACCAUCCCAGUCACUCACAGAGAGCGACGGGACUAUUUGCGUCAUCAAGUUCGUCAAUUAUUGGCGCUGUGUGAAGAUGAAGAGAUUCUGUAUGCUAAACUUUAUAUGAUUUCUGCUGGAGUAGCAUUCGCAAAGGAAGAAAUCGCAUGGUAUUGGAGCCAUCAUGAUCGAGACGUGACUGGCAAAAGACCAACCAAGAAGAAGGAUUUGAAACAUAUGGAUUUACAUAUUUUCGAAUUGAUGUGGCUGGUCAAGGCUUUGGCUAGGAAGCUUCGACUUCGGAAGCAACAUAUCCAAUUCUACUGUGCCGCCUUCUUGGAAACCAAGGUGGCCAGAGCACAAGAAUCCCUACAAUAUUACAUGAAAACGGGCAACAACGUCCCAGAAUCCGCUCAAGCUCUCUUACGAGCUAUUUCAACUACUUUGAGUACUAUUACCGCUGCAAACUGGGAAGUGCUAGCACACUCUGGUGAAUUAGAAGCCUUGCGCUUGAAUUGGAUGAGAUUCCAAGCUUCCGUUGCUCAUCCAGAUGCUUCACCACCACCACCUAAUCUUGCCGAUUUGGUUGCGCAUAUUGCGGAGUUUUCGCAGAGGUCUAUGUGGUUGGACGAGUUUGAUACAGUUUUGAAUAAUAUUUCGGAUUUGAGAACAUGUUACUUUUACCAGAAUGCCAUUCAUGAUCACUUGAAGGAAGUGGUUGAUCAAGUACCGGAUCAGUUGAGAUUUGCAGGUGUAUUGGGUAGUCUCGGUGAAGAUUUCUUGAGGAAUGUGACUCCAUAUUGGCCGAUGGAGUUCAACGCAAUCACAUCCAACUCGGUCCUCUUUGCCUCAGAACUAUUCACAUUACUGGGCGCUUACGGAGCACAAGUCGCCGAUGAGAUUGCAAUGAGUCUUGUAGCUCAUGAACGACAGUUGCUACCAACUGAAGCGAUAAGUGCUCUCCCAAAGGAUCACCAACAACAAAAACGCAGAUCACCCAACCGUAAAGCUGCUGCUGUUAGUCAGAGUAGUAAACCUGGGUGGGAGUCUAAUAUGCAGGUGGUUGAUGCUAGUGUGAAGAGGCUGGAAGCAUGUCGUAUCACUUUACGAAACAUCAUCUUUGCAGUCAAAAAUACCGGUGUCAUCACUGUUCAUGAUACAGAGUUUUAUCCAGUUGCAUUCUUUUUGGAUUCGUUGGCUGCCAAAGUCAAGAGCCGUCUACAAGCAAUCGUCUACGUCUCUGUCCCUGGCGCAGCAUCAUCAACAGCUACAUUUUCUCAUCCAGAUCCUUCUGGCUCUCGAAAUGUAGACGAAAUGUUUUUCGAAGUCAAGAGACCAUCUGUGUUUUUGGCUGAGAUGAAUGCGUAUCUGCAUGGAUUGCAUCUUGUUGAUGAGCUCUUGGGAGUGGAAUGUACGAAUGCUUUGAGAGAGGUUUUGAUGGAUCAAGUGGAUCCUGAGAAAUGCAAAUCUUUAAUUGACGCUCAAACAGACCAGUACCUCGUAACAGUCACACCACGAGACCCCAAGGCUGCCAAGAAGGGUGCAUUGAGAUUCAUGAAUGUUACGCAGCCUAUCUUGUUGACUUAUGCCGUUUGGUUUUCUGACUUUUUCAUCACGAAACUAUCUGGCGGCGUUUGUUACUCAUCAUCUCGCAAGACUUUUGUCAGUAAGAGUGGAAGUUUGUUCCAAGCUGAGCUUUAUUGUGACCAGAAUGAAUUACGAGCACUAUCUCAAAUACUUGGACCUCGUGGUAUUCGAUUCAUUGAUGAGCGGCUGCUUAAGAUGGUUACGCUGACUGCAACGUAUAUCAAGGAAACAUUGAUAGCCAACCAUGAAGCGCUGGAACGAUUCAAGCUUGGAUGGAAUGAUGAUUCCAGAGCUAUUGAUAUGCUGAGGCGAUUCAAAUUCAUCAAAGAAUUCCUGCCUCGAUGUCUAGUCCUAGGUCCCGUCCUAGAAAUGAGGACUUUGCUUGGAGCAGCAUCUUCCAACGUGUUGAGUAGCUAUGCUCCUCAUCUGCAUCAUUUGAUUCGAACGGUGCAUAGUUUCUAUCCUCAGAACUUGUACGAGUUGCCGAAUUUCAAGACUGUCGACUCAUUAGCAAAUGAUGUUGGAAUGUUGGAUCAAGUUGAUAUUGGCCUGAAUGGUGUUCUUAAGGCCUUUUGUGGAAAUCCUGCUCCUGACUUUGCUACUUGGUCACUACUUCCGUUCCUAUUUGCUGCCACUUUCUGGCAUUUGGCUUUUGAUGAAGGCAGUGUUUAUAAUUUCGCUGUUGAUGGAUUGGAAAACAAUGGCCACACGUUAUCUACCGUAUUCAACAAGAUGUGUGUUGCCACCAUUGCUCUCACUGCUAGACAAGAACCAUCCGCCAUUACAUCUGCUCACAAGGACUUUAUGACUGUCACAACUACCCUGCUCGUUCGUUUAAGAUUGUCUACGGAGAAGGAUUUGUCGACAAAGUACCUUGAUCCUGUGUUUUUGGUGCUGAAGAAGUUCAUGGAAGAAACACGAUACAUAUCAGCAGACAUGGCAGAACAACUCUUGCCAAACACGUUACUGCAGUCUGUGAUUGCUAGUAUUCAUCGCAAGAGAAUAGAGACGUCACCUACUAGACGGGGAUCUUUGCCUGCCAAUCAGCUUACAAGCGGUGAUCAAGAUUUGGCUUAA